AUAACUUUUCAAAAUCUCAAAAAGCGAAAGAAAUAUAAAGCAAAGUCUACUUUUUUCCUUCUGGCCAAAGCAAAGUCGACAUUCACUUUAUUACUUUCACUUCCUGAUAAGCCAAGAACCAAAACAAGAGUCGGUGAAGUUUCUCUCCACCGCCUUAUAGUUUCUAUUUCUCUCAAUGAAACCCUUCUAAAUCUCCCAAUUCUUUACUUUUUCUUUCCCUCCUCUCCCUGGUUCCCGAUCUUGAAAAACCACACACACUGUCUAUUUUCUCACAAAAUGGCAGAUCACUUAACGCGACUCUGCCAAUUCCUCGCCGAAGAGAAGCUGUCAUCGUCCUCCUCAUCGCUCGAUCUUCUCCAGAAGUUUCGUUCCGAUGAGUCGAUCAAGUUAGCGCUCCAAGACUUUUACUUGAUUCUUCAAACCGGCCUGGACCCGAUCGAACCGGGUUCCGAACCCCGGUUUAAGUCUUGGUCCGAUUCGCUGAUUCUCUCCCUCGCUUCUUUAGGAUCCGAUAUUGCCUUUGUCUUCCGAUCCCUCUCAGUGGAACAAUUGGAACCGAUAAUUGUUGCGGUGGGAAGGAAGUUGGUGGAAUUUACUGUUUGUUUUUUGGAGAAAUCAGACUUCAGUGGUGAUGAUUGGAGUUUACAGAGUAAUAUGAUACAACUUUUGGAGAUUAUAUUGGGUGAUGGAACAGACAAAGUAGUUGAUUCAUUGCAGCCUGCCUCUGUAAAUAGCCUUGUAGACUUGUUGCCAAUAGUUUCUCGCAACUCUGGUGGUAUUGAGCUGGAUGACCACAUAAAAUGUGGUCUUCAAGGUAUCUCCUAUUCUUGCAUAUUCUUGUUUACUUAUUUUAGUGGCCUGCAUUUAUUACUGAUUCUAUUUGCACUCCAAACAUCUCGAGAAGGGAUCAAGUGCUCCAGAGCAGAGAAGCAAGUGGAUCGACUUCUCCUGGCAUUAGCUUCUGAGUGUGUGCAAUCUGAAAGACAAGUUUCAGGGUUUGAUGCUUCCACUUUCCACGAAGAUUUGAAUGGUCUAAUUUUCCUGUCCCAGCAUUGGGCUGUUGCCCAUGCACAAUGCAUUCCAUGUUUAAUUUUGCUCUGCAAAGAGCUUGUUGAACUUCCUGAUAUUGAUGAAAGGAUAGCAGGUACAAAUUUCCGCAAGAGACUUUCCUUCAGUUUGAGGAUUUUGAAGUUACUUGGUUGUCUUAUAAAGGAUGUGCCGUAUGUAGAAUAUGAUUCUGCAUUGUUAGAAGCAGUUGCUUCAUGUGCUGAUGUAUUGCCGAAUUUGAUUAGAUCUAGCUUUGAAUUUGUAAAUAACAUGGCUGCUAUGGAGGGUAAUUUUGAGAGUCUUGUACUGUUGCAAGUGGAAGAGUUUAUUCAUCUUGUUCAAGUUAUUUUCUGCAAAAGUGUCGUUUUUCAGAAUGUCCAAGCAUGUAUUGUAGCGUCUAUUUUGGGACAUCUUGAUCCUUCCAUUUGGAGGUACAACAAGGCUGCUUCGAACAUAAAGCCCCUUUUAGCCUACUUCCCUCAAACUGUUGUUUAUCUCUUGAAGCUCAUUCAGGAUCUCAGAAUCCAAACAAAUGAGAUUGUUGAUUUGAAGGAGCUUGACUCAGAACUUGUUGGCAGUUGUGCUGAUUUGUCAAAUGAUUCCCCUUCAUGCCAUGUACAUCUUCAAAAGGUUCCCUUGCUAAAGAAGUUCACUCUGGAGGAUCUAUUAAAAAUGAUAUUUCCUUCAUCAAGUAACUGGGUGGACAAUCUGAUGCAUCUUACUUCUUUUCUUUAUUCUGAAGGAGUAAAAUUAAGGCCAAAAAUGGAGAAGUCGACCAGUUUUGCAAAAUCUAAUUGCUCUACAGAAGUGGAAAAUGCUGUUUGUCAUGAUGAUGAAGCCCUUUUUGGGAAUCUUUUCUCUGAGGGUAGCCGGAUGUUAGGAUCUGCAGAUGUAUGUGAUCAAACAGCGGUUGUAAGUUCUACCUCCAGCAAUUGCAACAUGCCAAUGCAAGCUGCUAAGGAACUGUUGAGCUUUCUGAAAGGAUGUAUCUUCUCUUAUGAAUGGCAUCCUUCUAUUUACGAGGAUGGUUGCAGAAUGCUUGGUGCAGACCACAUUGAUAUUUUACUUUCCAUACUCAACUGUCAGGGAUGCCAUUUUGAAGAUAACUUUGGAGCUUCUCAUGAAGAUAGGAAGAGUGGGCAUAUCCAUGAACUUUCUUUUCAACUUCUGCACAAUCUUCUUACCUACCAUGCAUUGUCUGAUUCACUUGAGGAUUACCUAGUUGAGCAAAUUUUGAGUGUUAAAAAUGGUAUAUUUGUUUAUAAUGAUCAGACCUUAAGUUUGCUGGCUCAUGCACUUCUCUCUAAGGUGGGCUUAGGUGGAAGCCACUUGAGAACCAAAAUAUACAGAGGAUUUGUUUCUUUUAUUGUUGAGAAGGCAGAAGCUAUUUGCUCAGAUUGUCCUAACAUGGAGGAACUUCUGGUCACCCUUCCAUCUGUUUUUCACAUUGAGAUUCUUCUUAUGGCAUUCCAUUUAUCACCUGAAGGAGAAAAGGUGACUCUGUCAAACUUUAUAUUUUCUACCCUUAGAACAAUUCAUGUUCCAUCUGCAGGUUCUUCUGUUACUCAGCUCUCAUGUUGGGCUUUGGUAGUUUCAAGGUUGAUAUUACUCCUUCGUCACAUGGUAUUACAUCCAUGUACUUGUCCACCAUUAUUGCUGCUAGAUUUGCGAUCAAAGUUGAGGGACACCCAAUGUUUUGUUUCUCAUGUGCCUACAAAUUCUUUUGAUAGUGUUUCUUCUUUUGUAUCGAUUGCAACAAAGAAUAUGACAGGUGCUUUGGUUGAGGAGGAUUCAAUCUGCAGUAGCCUGAUUCAGCAAUUACUUGAUGUUGCAUACCUUCCUUCUCCACUUUGCAGAGAAAAUAUGGCUAUAGGAUCAUUAUGUUUGACUUGUGAUGAUCUGUGUGCAACUUUCUCAUGUAUUCUGGGGCUUUGGAAUGGUAAAAAAGCAGCAGCUAUGGAAGACCUUAUUGUUGAAAGGUAUAUUUUCUUGCUUUGUUGGGAUAUUCCAACUAUGAAGUCUCCGUUGGAUCAUCAGCUGUCAUUGUGGAGUAACCUGCAGACUCUGGACAUAUCUAGCAUAGAACAUUUCUUUAACUUCAGCCAUUCACUUUUGGGCCAGUGUAAUGUUAUUAGCAAGAGUGUUAACUUUCAAAAUCUUGUGGUUGGGUUGCUAAGGCACUUGCAUUCUGCACAUGUGCAGGAUAAUAUUGAGAAUCUAGGGUGGGAUUUCUUGAGAAAUGGGAUGUGGAUGUCUUUGGUACUAUCUUUGUUUAAUAUUGGCAUUGGAAGAUAUUGUGCAAAGAACAAAAUCCCUGGAGUUGGUACAUUCUGGACAGAGAACAGAUCUAGUGAUGAUGAGUAUGCUAAUUCUGCAGAAGGCUUCAUUUCCUGCUUGAUUGCAGAUGGUCAAACUUCAGAGCUGUUGAGGAUAUUCUCAUCCUUCUUAAACAGAUAUUUGCAGGCUUAUGAAAAGGCUUUUCUUGCUAUACUUGGUGAUAGCCAGCAUGAUGACAAUAUGUUAUCUUCUAUGCUGCUUCUGAAGCAGUCUACAUUUGACAAAGUCCUCUGGGAUGAACUCCUUAAGAAGUGUGGUGUGAAUUCUUUUCAGUUGGAAUCUGUUCUUGACAUCUUAUUGAAGUCAGACGGAGGUGUUGAGAAGAGAGCUUCUGGCAUUGUAGCUAAGGUAUUUUGGGAAUGUAUAUUACACGGUUUUCCUUCUCAUCUUCGAAGUUCUAGUGGAAUCCUUCUUUCUUGUAUUCUUAACAUAAGGGGGAUUAUUUUCACUUUGGAUGGUUUACUGAAACUACACAAUUUGAAAGGAAAUAUUUUGCUGGAGAAUGAUGUUCUAUGUCAAAUUCUUGAUUCAUUGAUGAUUGUGAAAUUAGAUCGCAUCUUUGAAAGUCUUCAUGGAAAAUGUGAAAAUGUUUGUCUCAACUUGAAUGCUGGAAGUAAACUGUCUGAUUACACUGAACUGUUUCUACUGAAGCGCAUGGAGGGGUUUCUAAGAGAUAUUACUUCCAGAGAACUGGGUGACACCAGUAUCCUUGAAUGGGUAAUUACCAAUGCUAUUGAUACCAUGGAUGCCUUCAGGAAAGAUCCUUCGAAGUCUACAAUUUUCAAACUUUAUCUUGGAGCUGAAGAUAUGUCUAUACAGCUCAAAGAGCUGCAUGGUUCACAGCGUGGUGAUAUAUUGGUUCUUAUUGACUCGGUGGCCAACUGUUACACUGAAUCAGUUAACAUUAAGGUGCUUAACUUCUUUGUUGAUAUUAUAUCUGGAGAGCUAUGUCCUAAUCUUAAACUGAAGAUACAGAGUAAAUUCCUCAGCAUGGAUUUGCUGUUAUUGUCCAAGUGGUUGGAGAAGAGGCUAUUAGGCUGCACAGCUGAAGCUUUGGAAGGGGUAAAGAGUGCCAAAGCAAAUUCUGUUUCUCUGAGAGAAUCAACUAUGAGUUUUAUUUUGUGCCUUGUAUCAUCACAUUCAGAGCUACGCAAUCAUUUGUUUGAAGCUUUAUUGGUCUCACUUGAGACUGCAUUUUUGCAAUUUGAUAUUCACACUGCUAAGUCAUAUUUCCAUUUUGUUGUUCAACUUGCAAGAGGGGAGACCUCAAUGAAGUUGCUUUUAAAGAGGACAGUAAUGCUGAUGCAGAAAUUGGCAGGUGAAGAGCAUUUGCUGCCAGGAUUAAAGUUUCUCUUUGGCUUUCUUGGAUGUUUCUUGAGUGAUUGUGGGUCCUCCGGGAAUACAACAGAAAAAUGUUCUGGGAAGUCUCCAUCUAUUAGUAGUCCUGUGGUGGGCCCUGUGGCUUCUAGACAAGUGGAAUCCAGGAAAAAUUCUGAUACUUUGGUUCUUUCAGCAAAUCGAGAUGGGGAAUCUGCUUCUUUUGACUGUGAUGCAACUUCUGUAGAUGAAGAUGAGGAUGAUGGAACAUCUGAUGGUGAGGUAGCUAGCAUAGAUAAAGAUGAGGAAGAAGAUACUAACAGUGAAAGGGCUCUCGCUUCUAAAGUUUGUACAUUCACUUCUAGUGGCAACAAUUUCAUGGAACAACAUUGGUAUUUUUGUUAUACCUGUGAUCUGACUGGAUCAAAAGGCUGCUGCUCUGUUUGUGCUAAAGUCUGUCACCGUGGUCAUCGUGUUGUUUAUUCACGCUCCAGUCGGUUUUUCUGUGACUGUGGAGCAGGAGGUAAUAGGGGUAGUAGUUGCCAAUGCUUGAAGCCUCGAAAAUUCACUGGUUGUGAUAGUGCUCUUAAUUGCAGUGCCACCAAUUUUCAGUCCUUUAUACCUGUCACAGAGGAUGCAGAUCAGCUGCCAGAAAGUGAUUCAGAUGUGGAUGAGGAUGUCGGGGCAGAUAUCGAAAACUCGCUCAGGUUGUCUGUUCCAAAAGAGCUUCAAGAUAGUAUCCCUAUGUUGCUUGAAGAACUUGAUGUUGAGAGUCGGGUGCUUGAACUUUGCUUUACAUUGUUGCCUUCUAUAACAAGCAAGAGGGGAUCCGACCUUUCAAAAGAUAAGAAAAUUAUUCUGGGCAAAGACAAAGUUCUUUCUUAUGGUGUAGAUCUCUUGCAAUUGAAGAAGGCAUACAAAAGUGGGUCCUUGGAUCUGAAGAUAAAGGCUGAUUAUUCGAAUGCCAAAGAACUUAAAUCACAUUUAACUAGUGGUUCUCUUGUCAAAUCAUUGCUCAGUGUCAGUAAUCGAGGUAGACUUGCUGUUGGAGAAGGUGACAAAGUUACUAUAUUUGAUGUUGGGCAGUUAAUACCAGCCACUAUUGCACCUGUAACAGCAGACAAGGCCAAUCUUAAGGCUUUAUCCAAGAACCUUGUUUGGUUUGAAAUUGUUCACCUUUCAUUUAAUCCUGUGGUAGAGAAUUACCUUGCUGUGGCAGGGUAUGAAGAUUGCCAGGUUCUUACUUUGAAUCCUCGUGGAGAAGUGACCGAUCGUCUGGCCGUUGAACUUGCCCUGCAAGGUGCAUAUAUCAGACGGAUAGAGUGGGUACCUGGUUCUCAGGUUCAGUUAAUGGUGGUUGCUAACAGGUUUGUCAAAAUAUAUGAUCUAUCUCAAGACAACAUCAGUCCUAUGCAUUACUUUACGUUGCCAGAUGACACAAUAGUCGAUGCAACACUUUUUGUGCCCUCUCAGGGAAGGAUGUUUCUUAUUGUCUUUUCAGAACAAGGGAGUUUAUUUAGGCUGCAACUAUCUUUUGAGUGUCACAUGGGGCCUACACCUUUGAAGGAAAUAAUUCGUAUUCAGGACAGAGAAAUUCAUGCAAACGGCUCAUCUUUGUACUUUGCUUCUACUUAUAAGUUACUUUUCUUGUCCUAUCAGGAUGGCACUACUUUGAUAGGCCGGUUAAGUCCCAAUGCCUCAUCAUUGACUGAGAUAUCUUGUGUUUAUGAGGAGGAGCAAGAUGGUAAGCUUCGACCAGCUGGAUUGAAUCAAUGGAAAGAGUUACUGGUUGGUAGUGGGUUAUUCUGUGGCUUCUCAAGUGUGAAAUCAAAUUCUGCACUUGCAGUAUCCAUGGGUGCUCAUGAGUUUUUUGCACAGAAUUUGAGGCAUGCUAUGAGCUCUUCCUCACCUUUAGUUGGGAUAACUGCAUAUAAGCCCUUAUCUAAAGACAAGGUCCACUGUCUUGUUUUACAUGAUGAUGGGAGCCUUCAGAUAUAUUCUCAUGUUCCUGUAGGAGUGGAUGCCAGUACUAGUGCCACUGCUGAGAAAGUGAAAACAUUGGGUUCUAGUGUCCUUAAUAAUAAAGCUUAUGCUGACACAAAGCUAGAAUUCCCCCUUGACUUCUUUGAGAAAACAGUUUGCAUUACAGUAGAUGUGAAACUGGGUGGUGAUGCUAUCAAGAAUGGUGAUUCUGAAGGAGCUAAACAGAGCUUGGCGUCAGAGGAUGGUUUUCUAGAAAGUCCAAGUCCUACAGGAUUUAAGAUAUCUGUUUCCAAUUCAAACCCUGAUAUUGUCAUGGUCGGUUUUCGUAUAUAUGUGGGUAAUCAAUCAGCAAACCAUAUACCUUCUGAGAUUACCAUUUUCCAGAGGGUGAUAAAGCUUGAUGAGGGCAUGCGGUCCUGGUAUGACAUCCCAUUCACUAUAGCUGAAUCACUACUUGCUGAUGAGGAAUUCAUCAUCUCUGUUGGUCCAACCUUCAGUGGUUCGGCUCUACCUAGAAUAGAUUCACUUGAAGUUUAUGGUCGAGCUAAAGAUGAAUUUGGUUGGAAGGAAAAAAUGGAUGCAGUAUUAGAUAUGGAAGCUCGUGUUCUUGGUUCCAAUUCCUUGCUUGCAGGUUCAGGUAAAAAGAGCCGGUCAAUGCAGUCUGCUCCUAUUCAGGAACAGGUGGUGGCUGAUGGUCUUAAGCUUCUCUCGCGGAUUUACCCUCUAUGCAGAUCACAAGAAGAGCAUCUAAAAGCUGAUCUGAGCAAGCUAAAGAGCAAGCAGUUGUUGGAAGCAAUAUUUGAGAGUGAUAGGGAACACUUGAUGCAGGGUGCUGCUUUCCGUGUUCUGCAGGCUGUGUUUCCUAAAAAAGAUAUAUACUACCAGGCGAAGGACACCAUGCGUCUUCUUGGGGUGGUCAAGUCUACAUCUGUUCUUUCUUCAAGGCUUGGAAUUGGUGGUGCUACAGGAGGGUGGCUUAUUGAGGAGUUCACUGCUCAAAUGCGGGCUGUGUCUAAAAUUGCUCUGCACCGUCACUCUAAUUUAGCCAUUUUCUUGGAGAUGAAUGGUUCCGAAGUUGUGGAUGGGCUUAUGCAGGUUUUGUGGGGAAUUUUAGACUUUGAACUGCCUGACACACAAACUAUGAAUAAUAUUGUGAUAUCUGCCGUGGAGCUAAUUUACAGUUAUGCUGAAUGUUUGGCUUUGCAUGGAAAGGACACAGGGAGGUGCUCUGUGGCACCUGCUCUUUUAUUAUUCAAAAAACUUCUCUUCUUCCCAAACAAGGCAGUUCAAACUUCUAGCAGUUUGGCCAUAUCAUCAAGACUGCUCCAGGUACCAUUUCCAAAACAAACUAUGUUAGGAAAUGAUGAUGCAGUAGAAAGUGCAGUAAUAGCCUCUGUGCCUGCUGAUACUUCUGGCGGAAAUACGCAAGUCGUGAUUGAAGAAGAUUCUAUAACCUCAUCUGUUCAAUACAGUUGUGAUGGCUGUUCUACUGUUCCCAUACUAAGGCGGAGAUGGCAUUGCACUGUGUGUCCUGAUUUUGACUUAUGUGAGGCAUGCUAUGGAGUUCUAGAUGCUGAUAGGCUUCCCUCACCCCAUUCUAGAGAUCAUCCUAUGACUGCAAUUCCAAUACAAGUGGAAUCUGUUGGAGGAGAUGGCAGUGAAAUUCGCUUCUCCACAGAUGAUUUGAGUGAUUCAAACUUGGUGACAUCUGUAACAGAUGUCAGCGUGCAGACUUCUGUGCCUUCAAUUCAUGUCUUAGAACCGAGUGAAUCCAUGGAGUUCUCUUCUUCAAUGACUGACCCUGUUUCAAUUUCUGCUUCAAAACAAGUUGUGAAUUCCGUGCUUCUGUCUGAGCUUCUUGAACAGUUGAAAAGGUGGAUGGAGACCACUUCUGGGGUUCGAGCUAUCCCUGUUAUGCAACUUUUCUACAGAUUAUCAUCUGCUGUGGGUGGGCCUUUUAUUGACAGUUCAAAGUCUGAAACCUUAGAUUUGGAAAAAUUAGUUAAAUGGUUUUUGGAUGAAAUUAACCUCAAUAAACCUUUUGUAGCUAGAACACGGUCUUCUUUUGGAGAAGUGGCGAUCCUUGUCUUCAUGUUUUUCACCUUGAUGCUCCGAAACUGGCACCAGCCUGGUAGUGAUGUUGCUGCUUCCAAAGCAUCUGGGAAUGUGGACACACCUGAUAAAAGUGCUACUCAAGUCUCUUGUUCGCUUGCCUCUCAGUCUUCCUUAGUGGAUCAUGACAAUAUGGACUUUGCAUCCCAACUUCUUCGAGCUUGCAAUUGUCUUAGGGACCAAGCUUUUGUUAAUUAUCUAAUGGAUAUCCUGCACCAGCUAGUGCAUGUUUUUAAGUCACCGACUGCUGGUCCUGAAAGUGCUCAUGGUUCAAAUGUUGCUUCUGGAUGUGGGGCUUUAUUGGCAGUCCGAAGAGAUUUACCUGCUGGUAAUUUUUCUCCCUUCUUUUCAGAUUCAUAUGCCAAAGCUCAUCAAGCAGAUAUUUUUAUGGACUACCACAGGCUACUGUUAGAGAAUGCAUUUCGAUUGGUGUACACUUUAGUAAGACCAGAAAAACAAGAUAAGAGUGGGGAGAAAGAAAAGGUUUGUAAGACAUCCUCUGGUAAGGAUUUGAAGCUUGAUGGGUAUCAGGAAGUCCUCUGCAGUUAUAUCAAUAAUCCUCAUACAACAUUUGUGAGAAGAUAUGCAAGGAGGCUGUUUCUGCAUCUCUGCGGAAGCAAAACUCAAUACUAUAGUGUUCGGGACUCUUGGCAAUUCUCAACUGAAGUGAAGAAACUAUACAAACAUGUAAAUAAAUCUGGUGGAUUUCAAAAUCCUGUCCCAUAUGAAAGAAGUGUUAAGAUAGUUAAGUGCCUUUCUACAAUGGCUGAAGUGGCUGCUGCCCGACCUCGGAACUGGCAGAAGUACUGCUUGAGACAUGAUGAUGUUUUGCCCUUCCUAAUAAAUGGGAUAUUCUAUUUUGGUGAGGAGUCCGUCAUUCAGACUCUUAAAUUAUUAAAUUUGGCAUUCUAUUUAGGGAAGGAUAUGAAUCACUCUUUGCAAAAAGCAGAAUCUGGGGAUUCAGGAACUAGUUCAAACAAAUCAGCCACACAAUCUCUGGAUUCAAAGAAGAAGAAGAAGAGUGAUGAUGGAAUUGAAUCUGGUUCAGAGAAAUCUUUUGUGGAUAUGCAGGUGGUGGUUGAAAUCUUUACUGAUAAGGGGGGUGAUGUCUUGAGGCAAUUUAUUGAUUACUUUUUAAUGGAAUGGAACUCAAGCUCUGUACGUUCAGAGGCCAAGUGCGUUCUGUAUGGUGUGUGGCAUCAUGGGAAGCAUUCAUUCAAAGAAACUGUGUUGGCAGCUCUCUUGCAAAAGGUCAAAUGCUUGCCAAUGUAUGGUCAGAAUAUUGUAGAGUAUACUGAACUUGUCACUUGGUUACUGGGUAAGUUCCCUGAUAACAGUUCAAAACAACAGGCAGAACUUGUGGACCACUGCUUGACCCCUGAUGUUGUUAGGAGUAUAUUUGAGACACUUCAUUCACAAAAUGAACUCUUAGCUAAUCAUCCAAAUUCUCGCAUAUAUAACGCAUUGAGCAGUCUGGUAGAAUUUGAUGGUUACUAUCUUGAGAGUGAGCCAUGUGUUGCCUGCAGCUCUCCUGAGGUUCCAUAUGGCAGAAUGAAGCUAGAAAGUUUGAAAUCUGAAACCAAGUUUACUGACAACCGCAUCAUUGUGAAAUGUACAGGAAGUUAUACAAUCCAGACUGUGACUAUGAAUGUUCAUGAUGCCCAUAAGUCCAAGUCAGUAAAAGUCUUGAACCUGUAUUAUAACAAUCGACCUGUGGCUGACUUGUCAGAGUUGAAAAAUAAUUGGUCAUUAUGGAAGCGCGCAAAGAGUUGUCAUCUUGCUUUCAACCAGAUUGAGCUGAAAGUGGAGUUCCCCAUUCCAAUUACUGCUUGUAACUUCAUGUUUGAGCUUGAUUCUUUCUAUGAAAAUCUUCAAGCCUUAUCCCUUGAACCAUUGCAAUGUCCACGAUGCAGCCGACCUGUCACUGAUAAGCAUGGAAUUUGCAGUAGCUGCCAUGAAAAUGCAUAUCAAUGCAGGCAGUGCCGCAAUAUCAAUUAUGAGAAUCUGGAUUCUUUUCUGUGCAAUGAGUGUGGAUACAGCAAGUAUGGUCGGUUUGAGUUUAACUUCAUGGCUAAGCCAAGUUUUACAUUUGAUUACAUGGAGAAUGAUGAAGACAUGAAGAGAGGGUUGGCAGCUAUAGAAGCUGAAUCAGAAAAUGCUCAUAGGAGAUAUCAGCAACUUCUGGGCUUUAAAAAGCCCCUUCUGAAGAUUGUGUCAAGCAUUGGUGAAAAUGAUAUGGAUUCAUUACAGAAAGACUCUGUCCAGCAAAUGAUGGUCUCCUUGCCUGGCCCUUCAUGUAAGAUAAACCGCAAAAUUGCUCUUCUAGGUGUUCUUUAUGGUGAGAAGUGCAAAGCUGCUUUUGAUUCUGUUAGUAAAAGUGUUCAGACACUGCAGGGUCUUCGUUGGGUAUUAAUGAAUUACUUGCACCAGAAACAUUCGGAUAAUUCAGGGGCUGGGUUGAGGUUUGUAAUUUCCAGAUCCCCAAAUAACUGCUAUGGCUGUGCGACGACAUUUGUCACACAGUGUCUUGAGAUCCUACAGGUGCUGUCAAAACAUCUAAAUUCUAAGAAACAACUUGUUGCAGCUGGCAUCUUGCCUGAGUUGUUUGAAAAUAAUAUUCACCAAGGACCUAAAACUGCUCGUGUCCAAGCUAGGGCAGCCCUUUGUGCUUUCUCCGAAGGUGAUAUUAAUGCAGUAGCUGAGUUGAACAGUUUGAUACAGAAGAAAGUCAUGUACUGCCUUGAACAUCAUCGCUCCAUGGACAUUGCUGUUGCCUCUCGUGAGGAAUUGUUAUUGCUUUCAGAUGUGUGUUCCCUGGCUGAUGAAUUCUGGGAAUCAAGAUUGCGUGUGGUUUUCCAUCUGUUAUUUUCUUCCAUAAAAUUGGGUGCGAAGCAUCCUGCCAUAUCGGAGCACAUAAUUCUUCCUUGUUUAAGGAUUAUAUCUUUGGCUUGUACACCUCCAAAACCUGAUAAUGCAGGAAAGGAUCAAGGUUUUGGCAAAUCUACUCCAGUUACGCAGCUGAAGGAUGAAAAGAACUCAACUAUAUUUGGUACUCGUGGUGAUGCUAACAGUUCUAAUAAAUUGAUGCCAGAACCUCUGGAAAAAAAUUGGGAUGCUUCUCAUAAGACUCAAGAUAUUCAAUUGCUCAGUUAUUCUGAGUGGGAGAAGGGGGCAUCAUAUCUUGAUUUUGUCAGAAGGCAAUAUAAAGUGUCUCAAGCUGUCAAAGGUGUGGGCCAGAGGUCUCGGCUGCAUAGAACUGACUUCCUGGCCCUCAAAUAUGGACUAAGGUGGAAGCGCUCUGCUUGUAAAUCAACCAAAGGUGACUUGCCAGUGUUUGAGCUGGGAUCAUGGGUUACAGCACUUGUUCUGAGUGCUUGCUCUCAAUCUAUUCGGUCCGAGAUGUGUACGCUAAUUAGUUUACUUUGUGCUCAAAGUUCAUCAAGAAGAUUUCGGUUGCUGAACCUUUUGAUGGGUUUGUUACCAGAAACUCUUGCUGCUGGUGAAAGUGCUGCAGAAUAUUUUGAGUUACUAUUCCAGAUGAUUGAUUCAGAAGAUGCUCGUCUUUUCUUGACAGUAAGCGGAUGCCUAGGUACAAUUUGUAAGUUGAUUACCCUGGAAGUGGGCAAUAUUGAAUCACUUGAGAGGAGCCUGCAUAUCAACAUUUCGCAAGGAUUCAUUCUCCAUAAGCUCAUAGAGCUCCUUGGCAAAUUUCUGGAGGUUCCAAAUAUCAGAUCCAGAUUCAUGCGAGACAAUUUGUUGUCUGAAGUCCUCGAGGCUCUGAUUGUAAUUCGUGGAUUGAUAGUGCAGAAGACUAAGUUGAUUAGUGAUUGCAAUCAACUUCUAAAAGAUCUUCUAGAUAGUCUUCUUCUUGAAAGUAGUGAGAACAAACGACAAUUCAUCCGUGCUUGUAUCUGUGGUCUGCAGAUUCAUGGCGAGGAGAAGAAAGGAAGAACUUGUUUGUUUAUUUUAGAGCAACUUUGCAACUUGAUCUGCCCAUCAAAACCAGAGGCUGUGUAUCUGUUGGUUCUGAACAAGGCUCACACACAAGAAGAGUUUAUUAGGGGAUCAAUGACUAAGAAUCCAUAUUCAAGUGCUGAGAUUGGUCCGCUAAUGCGUGAUGUUAAAAAUAAAAUUUGCCAUCAAUUGGAUCUGAUAGGUCUUCUUGAAGAUGACUAUGGCAUGGAGCUGUUAGUAGCUGGGAAUAUAAUUUCUCUUGAUUUGAGCAUUGCUCAAGUUUAUGACCAAGUAUGGAAGAAGUCAAACAGUCAAUCUUCGAGCGCCAUAGCUAAUUCUUCACUGUUAUCAUCUGGUCCUAUUACAUCAGCCAGAGAUUGCUCACCCAUGAUAGUGACUUACCGGCUUCAGGGUUUAGAUGGUGAAGCUACUGAGCCUAUGAUAAAAGAAUUGGAGGAAGACAGAGAGGAAUCACAAGAUCCAGAGGUUGAGUUUGCAAUAGCUGGUGCAGUCCGUGAUUAUGAUGGGCUGGAAAUCUUGUUGCGCAUGAUUCAGCAUUUGCGAGAUGACUUCAAGUCCAACCAAGAGCAGUUGGUUGCUGUUCUCAAUCUCCUCAUGCAUUGCUGCAAGAUUAGAGAGAACAGAAGGGCCUUAUUAGGGCUUGGAGCUUUAGGUCUACUUCUUGAAACAGCAAGGUGUGCCUUCUCUGUGGAUGCCAUGGAGCCAGCUGAAGGCAUUCUUCUGAUUGUAGAGAGUCUGACAAUGGAAGCAAACGAGAGUGACAAUAUUAGUAUUUCACAGAGUGUACUUACGACCAAUGAGGAAACUGGGACUGGAGAGCAAGCAAAGAAAAUAAUUCUUAUGUUCCUGGAUAGGCUGUGUCAUCCUUCAGGGCUUAAGAAAUCAAACAAACAACAGAGGAACACUGAGAUGGUCGCAAGAAUCUUGCCCUACUUGACUUAUGGUGAACCUGCUGCCAUGGAAGCACUUAUCCAGCAUUUUAACCCAUACUUGCUGGACUGGGGUGAAUUUGACCGGUUGCAGAAACAGCAGCAAGACAAUCCUAAAGAUGAAAGCAUUGCUCAGCAAGCAACCAAGCAGCGGUUCGCAGUGGAAAAUUUUGUUAGGGUUUCAGAAUCGCUGAAAACAAGUUCCUGUGGGGAGAGAUUGAAGGAUAUUAUCCUAGAGAAGGGCAUUGCAGGUGUAGCUGUUAGACAUUUGAGUGAGAGUUUUGCAGUUGCAGGGAAGGCUGGCUUUAGAUCUAGUGCAGAAUGGUCGUCAGCUUUGAAACUGCCAUCUGUCCCAUAUGUAUUAUCAAUGCUCAGGGGCUUAUCAAUAGGGCACUUUGCCACUCAAAGUUGUAUUGAUGAGGGUGGGAUCUUACCCUUACUCCAUGCGAUGGAAAGUGUGUCUGGUGAGAAUGAGAUUGGGGCAAAGGCAGAAAAUUUGUUAGACACUCUAUCUAACAAGGAGGGUAAAGGAGAUGGAUUCUUGGAGGAAAAGGUGCAUAGGUUGCGGCAUGCAACUAGAGAUGAUAGGAGACGGCGAGCUCAAAGGAAGAGAGAAGAGUUGCUUCAGGGACUUGGAAUGCGACAAGAACUGGCUUCAGACGGUGGUAAGCGAAUAGUUGUUGCGCAGCCUCUUCUGGAAGGUUUGGAAGAUGUGGAAGAGGAGGAAGAUGGGCUGGCAUGCAUGGUAUGUCGAGAAGGCUACAGUUUGAGACCUACUGAUUUGCUGGGUGUUUACUCUUACAGCAAGCGAGUAAACCUAGGCGUUGGCACUUCAGGGACUGCACGUGGAGAAUGUGUUUAUACUACUGUUAGUUCCUUUAAUUGUAUUCAUUUCCAGUGCCAUCAGGAGGCCAAAAGAGCAGAUGCUGCUUUGAAGAAUCCAAAGAAAGAGUGGGAGGGUGCUACUCUCAGAAACAAUGAAUCACUGUGCAAUUCUUUAUUUCCUGUGAGAGGUCCAUCAGUUCCACUAGCUCGGUAUGUUCGCUAUGUUGAUCAAUACUGGGAUAACCUCAAUGCUCUUGGUCGUGCUGAUGGAAGUCGGUUCCGGCUGUUGACUUAUGAUAUUGUUCUGAUGCUAGCUCGAUUUGCAACAGGGGCAUCCUUCAGUGCAGAGAGUAGGGGCGGUGGAAGCGAAAGCAACUCCCGCUUUUUACCUUUCAUGAUUCAAAUGGCUCGUCACCUUCUUGAACAGGGAGGCCCCUCUCAGAGACAUAACAUAGCCAAGGCGGUGGCAACAUAUAUAGCAUCCUCAACAUCAGAUACCAAAUCCAUCACUGGUGGAACUCAACCUUUGGGAAAUGAAGAAACUGUUCAGUUCAUGAUGGUAAAUUCACUACUUUCAGAGUCCUACGAAUCAUGGUUGCAACAUAGACGCGACUUUUUGCAACGUGGAAUAUGCCAUGCCUAUAUGCAGCAUACUCAUGGCCGGUCAACAGCUAAGAUAGAAUCAGCAAGUAGCAGCAAAAGUCCCACCUCAGAAUCUGGUGCUAAUGAGCUACUGUCUAUUGUUCGACCAAUGCUGGUGUACACCGGCUUGAUCGAGCAGUUGCAGCAAAUUUUCAAGGUUAAGAAACCGUCAGGUUUGGCAUCUAACAAAGCUGAAGGAACAUGUACAAGAUCUGAAGAUGAAGGCUUGGAAGGUUGGGAGGUGGUGAUGAAAGAGCGGUUGUUGAAUGUGAAGGAAAUGCUAGGGUUCGCCAAGGAGUUGCUCUCAUGGCUCGAUGAAAUGAGUGCUGCUAGUGAUUUGCAGGAGGCAUUUGACAUCAUUGGCGCAUUGGGUGAUGUCUUAUCUGGUGGAUUUUCAAGGUGUGAGGAUUUUGUGGAAGCCGCUAUUGCUGCAGGAAAAAUGUGAGGCUUAGAUCAAAAGCUGGGGCAUGUGAAUUUUUGUUAUCAAUAGCUGCUUUUUACCUUUUUUUUUUUGUAAUUUCCAUUACAUGAACAAGGGGGUUUAAAUCCUCCUAUAAGAUGUGAUAGAAAAAUAUGUUGAACACGUAUUUCUUUUCCUAGUUAAUAAAAUCAUUUUUCCUGUAAAAACAUGGGCUCUGUGCUGC